AUGUCACAACAGAAGCAGGAAUCCUGGGAGCCUCCUAAUGCUCCCAAAUGCUCACCUCGACAGUGCCCAAAUGCCUCCCUGGCUCCCUGCUCUGCUCCUUGCUGUGACCUCUGUUCAGGAGGCUACAAUUCUGGUUCCCAAAAGCCCGGGGAGCAGAGCCCUGGCAGCUCUCAGAGGGCUCACCGCAAGAAGCCCCGCUGUCUCAGUGGUGGCUCAGUCUACCACAUCAAAGAGGAGGAGUGCUGAGGACAAGAAGUGAUUGACACACCCUAA